AUGAGUGAACAGAUUUCUACCCUUUUAAAGAUUCUUGUCAUUGGUGAAUCAGCUGUCGGAAAGAGUGCUUUACUUCUUAGAUAUAUAGAUAACGUUUUCACCCAAACAUUUAUGACAACUAUUGGUGUUGAUUUUAAGAAUAAAGUUAUUGACAUUGAUGGCAAUAAAGUCAAACUUCAAAUUUGGGAUACAGCAGGACAAGAAAAAUUCAGAGCAAUUACAAAAGCUUAUUAUCGUGGUGCUCACGGUAUUUUAGUUGUUUUUGAUAUUUCUAACGUUGAAUCAUUCCAUCGUACCAGCGCUUGGCUCGAUUCUAUUAAAAACGAAAACUGCGAUAUAGAAGUUUUACUUAUUGGAAACAAAGCAGAUCUCGAAAGAGCUGUUUCAAAAGAAGAGGCUGAGGGCUUAGCUGAAAAAUACGACAUUCCAUACUUUGAAACAUCCGCCAAGGAAGAUAAAGGCGUUACAGAAGCUUUCGAAAAGUUAGCGUAUGCAGCUUAUAAGAGAUAUCAAAAUGCACCACACGAUAAAGGCACUAAAAAGUUGGAUGCACCUCAGUCUGAAGACAACAAGAAAGGAUGUUGCUAA